AUGUUCAGGACUUCUCUCAGCAUCCUGAAUCGAUCAUUUCGCUCGCAAUCUUCGCACAUCGUCCUCCGCGCUGUCAGCAGCACUGCAGAACACGCAGCGGCUCCAGAGUCAAUUGAGCAGCAACUACCGUCCUAUCUAAGAAGUGUUAUUGAAAAAAGCAGAAUGAAACAGUUGAUCUCCCACGGCAAAGAUUAUCAGGCGCAGCGAAAGAAGAAGCUAAAGUUAGAGCAAAAUCUAUGGAAUGCCGGCGAGGAUACAAACCAAAUUUUACAAAAUGAUAUCGAUGAAUUGAUAAAGCGCCGGGCAAAGGAGACGAACGACGACGAGAAAACGAGCGAUGAUGCUGCUACGAAACCCACACUACCAGAGCUGUUCUCCGAACUCGAGGUCACGGUAUCCGACAUCUCUUCCACGGGCGACGGCCUAGCUUUGUCGGAAGACGGGAAUCAUGUCUACGUUGUCCCAUUUACAGUUCCAGGCGAUAGGGCCCAUGUCAAGAUUGGCAGGCGCAAUAAGAAUGCGAACCACUCUAUCACGGACCUGUUGAAAGUUGUUGAGCCUGGUCCUCAGCGAGACGAUACCCAGAUUAAAUGCCAGUACUUUGGCACUUGCUCAGGGUGCCAGUUACAGAUGCUAACGUAUGAAGACCAAUUGCAGCACAAGAAGAAGGUCGUGGAAAAGGCAUAUGCCACUUAUUCGGGCUUGAUUCCUGAACUUGUGCCAGCAGUAGGCGACACAUUUCCUUCGCCGCUUCAAUAUGGGUACCGCACGAAAUUGACGCCGCAUUUUGGUAUAUCCGGACGGAGACGAAAAGCAUCGCCGAGGAGAGACAUGUCUGAAGUUCCGCCCAUUGGUUUCAACAUCAAGAAUAGACGUAUCAAUGUGGACAUCGAAGAUUGCCCUCUGGGUACCGAUAUUGUUCGCAGAGGCUUCAAGAAAGAAAGACGAAGGGUGGCAGAAAACAUUGCAGAGUAUAAACAAGGCGCCACAAUUCUGUUGCGCGAAACGACUAAACGCAUACCCAAAUCCGAAUUCAACCAAGCCGACUCUGCUGAAUCAGGGGAUGCCAUUUACAUCACCGACCAUCCAGAUUACGUUGUAGAAAAGCAAUAUGUAAUGGAUCACAACGGGUAUGCGGUCGAAUACGUGGACGACUACGUAUUAGGAAAUAAAGCUGGUGCUUUUUUCCAGAACAACAACUCCAUCCUCUCGGGCUUUACGGAGUUUAUGCGCCAACAAGUUCAACCGAAGGAUCUAAAGGAAGGUGAAAAGCCGAUCAAAUAUCUAAUUGACGCCUAUUCCGGCUGUGGACUUUUCACUGUGACACUAUCCACAAUGUUCAAGUCAUCUCUCGGUAUCGACAUCGACCAGAACUCAAUCCUCAAUGCACGAGAAAACGUUAAGAGGAACAACCUUUCCAACACAGGCUUCGCAGCUGCCGACGCUGCUCUCCUUUUCGAGAAGGUCCCCUAUCCAGCAGACGAGACAUUACUUGUCAUCGACCCACCCCGAAAGGGCUGCAGUGAAGAUUUCCUGCGUCAACUACUAGAAUUUGGGCCUCGACGCGUCGCCUAUGUAAGCUGCAACGUGCACACCCAGGCUCGUGAUGUCGGUUAUUUAGUACAAGGCCGUUCUGGCAACGGCGUUCGAUAUGAAAUUGAAAGUCUUCGCGGCUUUGAUUUCUUCCCCCAAACCGGCCAUGUAGAAGGGUUGGCAGUUUUGAACAAGGCGACAUCGUCGCCGUCCCUGGGUCAAUUAUCAGCAGCAACCACUGAAGCUGGACCUGUUGUCGAAACUGAGGCAUAA